GUUUGCCAUCGUGAGCAAAAUCCCUAUCAACCAAAGCGAGGUUGCGCGCCGCCCCUCCCAUCAUCCAUUUCUCCAUCUUCUGCCACGCCUAUCACUUCUAUUGAGGGCGAUUCGGCUUGUUCAGAGUUAUGAAUUCAGCACGGCAAAUCCCCAGGCUUGUGCCCGGUGCCCCAUUGAGGCCAUCAGGCUUGCGGAGCUCCCGUUGCACGCCGCCCUCACAGUACCGUUCUCUCUCGUCUCGGGUAACACAACCCGGUGUUUCUGAGAGUGCGACAUGCUCUACAUCCGUGCUUCUCCAGCGACAGCCGCUCUUGCGCUCGACGCUCCCUGUCAAUGCCCUCAGGUUAGACAGCAUAUCACGGAGCCACGCACGCUUGUUCCACGUCUCGGGCCGCAUACAGCAAAAGGACGCCGCAGAGAAGGAGGCCAAGACACCACCAGAAACAAAGGAAGGCGAGGAAGAGAAAUCUUCAGAGCCUAAAGAGGAGUCUAGGGAGAAGGCAAAAGAAGAGAAGGAGGGCGAGGAGAAGGAGGGCGAGGAGAAGGAGGGUGAAGAGAAGGCCGAGGGCAAGGAGAAGGAGAAAAAAGAGGAUCUCCCUCCACCACCGCCUCAUGGCGACAAGACCCCAUGGCAGGUGUUCCUAGAGACCAUGGAUACCGAGCUCAAGCAGUCCAAGGAGUGGAACGAGUCAACCAAGGCCCUCGCCUCCUCCGCGAACGAGUUUGUCGAGAGUGAGCGCGUUCGGAAAGCACGACAAGCCUACGAGGCCACCUCGGGCGCCGUCUCGUCCACGGCUGCGAAAGCGGUCAAGUCGACAGCCGGCGCCAUCGGGAAGGGUGCCACGUGGACGUGGGACACUCCUGUUAUGAAAGGCGUGCGCAAAGGCGCAAAUAAAACGGGCGAGGCGCUCGACAAGGCGACCAAGCCGAUCCGGGACACCGAAGCGUACAGGAACGUCAAGGAUGUCAUCGACGACGGGAGCAGCUCCAGGUACGGCGGGUGGGUCGACAAGGAGGAGCGCAAGCGUCGGAGGGAGCUGCGGGAGCAAAUGGACAAGAAGAAUGGGGUGGACAAUACGAUCCACGAUGAGGAUCCCAAUGCCGGAACCAACGUCACGCUUCACAAGGACGCCGCGUGGAAGGAGGCAUGGAGGGACUUCAGAGAUCAAAACAAAUUCGUCCAGGGCGUAUUCGGCAUGAAGUCAGUGUACCAAGAGUCGGAAAAUCCCCUGAUCUCGACGGCCCGAAGCAUUACCGACAGGGUUGCCGGCUUCUUUGCCGAGAACGAGACGGCCAUGGUGAUCAAGAAGCUACGGUCCAUGGACCCGUCGUUCAAGCUGGAGCCGUUCAUACAAGAACUCCGCGAGUACAUUCUCCCCGAGGUCUUGGACGCCUACGUCAAGGGCGACGUGGAGACACUGAAGCUGUGGUUGUCGGAGGCUCAGUAUUCCGUCUACGAGGCCCUGACCAAGCAGUAUCUGCAGGCUGGCCUCAAGUCGGACGGCAAAAUCCUCGACAUCCGAGGAGUGGACAUCCUCCGCGCACGGAUGCUCGACCCUGGUGAGAUCCCGGUAUUCAUCGUCACCUGCCGGACACAGGAGGUCCAUGUCUACCGCAACGCCAAGUCAGGCGAGCUCGCGGCGGGUAUGGAGGACAAGGUCCAGCUGGUUACUUACGCCAUCGGCGUCACACGCAUUGCCGAGGACGUCAACAACCCGGAGACGAGGGGAUGGCGUCUGAUCGAGAUGCAGAAGAGCGGCCGCGACUACAUUUAAUCGGCCUGCAUUUACGAACUCGACGCGUGUGUGACUCCCCAGGAGGGGGGCAAACGCCCAAGCACCUUGCCCAAGGUGCUGGUUACUUCUCAUUCAUUGUGUUCUAUUGUCACAAAAACUGUAUCAUACGGCAUCUGGGAUCCUGUCGCCUGAGAUUGCGGGGAGUUUUGGGGCUUAUUGUGGUAUAGAGCAGGAGGAGCAGGCGGAAGGCGUCUUGAUGCAUUUCUACGAUCACACCACUCCGCGAGGGCCGAUUGGAGACGGCCAUGACAUGAAAAGUAUACUGUACAAUAUUGAAGGAGACGUGGAUGCGACGGGAGGGGCGCGUCCUCGACGACCAAACGAUGCAUCCGAGACAAUACAUAAUAAUACCUAAAAUAUGGG